UGGCCACAGGCGCCACAGGAUCACAACAAAUCGUGUGCCGUUCGCGCGUAAACAAAAAGAUUCGUUCUCGAAAAAGCAGUUUUUAAGCAGUGCUAAACAAGGGGAGAAAUCGAAAAGUUUCAUGAAGGAUGGAGAUUUACACGUUUGACAAAAGUUUGCAAGAGCGUUUAGUGGAAUACACAGAAAUUUUGUCGCAUCAAGGAGAGGAUGUGGUGCCGGCGUCGCGGAUCAAGUCGGAAUGGUCGUUUCACGUCGAGUUGGUAAUUGAGCCGGUAGGAUGGCGAGCAUUAUGGAAAAUUCCUCGUUUGACGUGCCAGGAUUUCGAGAUUCAUUACCCGACAAUCGUAGUCGUGGAAGUGUUGCAAGUUGAUUUCGGUGAAUUAUCGGCAUUGGUUAAGAUCGUCGCGGUCCAGGACGAUGAGAUUCAUCUGCCAGAAAAAUGCGAUGUACCGUUGGCCGAGUUAUACCCGACGAUCGCGCAAGAGAACAAAGUUCUGGAUAUUUACGGAACGGCAAAUUGUGUUGAGCAAUUGAGAUUUUUUUACAAUUAUUUAUGGAUGCCGUGGGACGUCGACGACGAUGACAACGCCGAUUGGAUCGUGACUCACCUCGAGCCACGAAUCCGUUUGUUUUUUGACAUGAAACGCGGCCUCGUCGACAAGGAAACUUGCGACUUGGUACGCACCCUCGUCCGCGAGGGCAAAGACAUCCGUGCCAGGAUCGAACGCCUGGAAGCCGAUAUCACCGAAAACGAUGACGAUGACGACGACGACAGUGAACUCAACGAAGGUAACGCCUGCAGUCUCAUGAAAUUACAUUUUAGAAUUGAACAAAUUAAGAGCGAAAUGGAAGUCCUGGAAAAUCCGGCCAUGAGAGAUCUCAUUCGACGAAACGGACGAGCCACUAACUCAGAAAACAAACGACGUCUAAGCCGCGGUAGAAAAAAAGAAGCUUUUUUUGUUUGGCACGGCGCUUCUCCGCAGGAAACUCUCGAUUCGAUGAAAAAGGCCAAGCAAUUCAUGAACGACGAUACUUUUUUGAAAGUAACGGGUUGUUUAAAAGAGGCUCUGGAUUCUUCGGAGUCUGAUGACAUUAUUGUUGUUGGUGAUGGGGAACAUCGAAUAAGAGGCGCAGGGGGGCUUGAAGAAGGUGGAACUUUGAGAGGGAUCGGAAGCAUGGAAUCGACGAUAGUUCGAUCAGAGGAAUCUGAGAGUGGACCGUCUCUUUUUGAUUUCUCCGGCGGAGAAAUUUUGCUGGAAAAUGUUGUUCUGGACUUGAACGAACUCCAGGCUGCCGUGCUCGUGAGACGAGGCACCGUUCAAAUUGUUGGAUGCAAAAUAUUCGUUUCGAACAAGAGUUCCGUUAAAUUGGGGGUCGUUGUUCUUCCUGGAGGGAAAUUAGUAGCGGAAAACACCAUUUUCUCAGGCCUCGGCACUGCGGUCUCUGUACACCCAGGCGGACAAGCUGUUCUUGAAAAAUGCAAAUUCGAACGGUGCGUCGAAGGCAUUCAGAUGCACGACGAAGCUUAUUUGACCGCGACAAAGUGCAAUUUUUCCGGUUUCAAAGAGUAUGGAAUACGAAUGGAAACCGAGAAAUACUUGGAGUGUUGCGAUGGAAAAACUGGGAGUCAAGAAUUGUUAUCGAGGAUCAAGGAAACGACGAUUCUUGAUUGUACUUUUGAGAACAAUGGCAAAGGCGAUGUUGCUUUAAGGCCACGUUUGGCUUCGGCCCUUUCGACGAAACAGGACAGUGCAAUAGAAACAAAAAUUUCCUGAAUCGUGUAAAGGAUAAGAGACAAACUGAAAAGCUUAUUAAUUUUAAUGAUUGUUUUUAGAUUUUUCUAUACAUAUUUCUCAUUUUUGUAUACCACAUUCAAGUCCAUGAUAUAAAAAUUGUCACGCGAGUUAUUCAGACUGUUGCUACGUUCGAUUAAAAAUAUUCUCGAACUUUCAUACAAUUAAAUAUUUUUCAAAUAUUUAUAGAAAGCUGAGGUUACACGAUUCCAUGGAUUUUCCUCACCACUGAUUCUCCAAUUUCCUAAAAAAUUCGUGUCUCUUCAACGUUCGGUUAAAACGAUACUGUUUUCCAAAUAUUCGGACUUUUCGUUUCGUUUCUUCAAUGGCAAGUUCACGUUUCUUAAAAUGAUUGUUGCCUUUAAUUAUCAUCUUUGAAAUUCGUCCACCUUCCAUCCUCAUCAGUGGCAUAGAAACUGUGUUCAGGGUAUUUUAUGGAGAGUAGACUUGAUAAAAUUGAAUAUAAUUGAUACAAGCGUUGGCGGUUUGACAGAAGACGAAGCAGCAAAACCAAACUGUAUCAAUAUUGAUUGUGGACGGUAGCAAAACUAUGCCCGACGAGUCUUGUUCGAAUACUUCAACAGAGGGUAAAAAAAUCAUCACUGCGUCUUGGAUAUAUCAAUCUUCAAUAAAAAAUCUUCAUUUUUCGUGCUAGGUGACGAUGAGAAUGGCAAUUAGUUGCAGUAUUUUUUCAGUGAAUUUAUACCCGACUGACAUAAUAAUGAAAAAUACUAUAUCUCGACUCGUGAAGAGAUCGCGGAAAUGGAAACAUACUUUGGUAUGAAAGUCUAUUGAAGA